AACUCCCUCCCCCAGGUGCAGAUUUUUGCUCCCACCUGGUGAUGUUUGGAUGAUGAUGUCAUGGGGGAGGGCAGAUCUCCUUAUAUUGAGCUGCUGGGGGGGCCAGAUGGUACUCAGUCUCACUGCUUGCUGCUACAGACGGUAACAAGAAUGGCAUCUACUGGUCUCCAGAUCCUCGGCAUGGCCCUGGCCCUCAUCGGGUGGGUAGGGGCCGUCGUCACGUGCGCUCUGCCCAUGUGGAAGGUGUCGGCCUUCAUCGGGAAUAACAUCGUGGUGUCGCAGAUCGUCUGGGAGGGCUUGUGGAUGAACUGCAUCGUGCAGAGCACCGGCCAGAUGCAGUGCAAGGUCUACGACUCGCUGCUCGCCCUGCCGCAGGACCUGCAAGCCGCCCGGGCCCUCACAAUAAUCGGCAUCUUGGUGGCCCUGCUGGCCAUGCUCAUUGGCAUUGUGGGCGCCAAGUGCACCAACUGCGUGGAGGAUGAGAAUACCAAGGCGAAGGUCAGCAUGGUGGCCGGCGUGGUCUUCCUGGUAGCCGGGAUUCUCACGCUCAUCCCGGUCUGCUGGUCCGCCAACACCAUCAUCAGGAACUUCUACAACCCGCUGGUUCCUGAAGCCCAGAAGCGCGAGCUGGGGGCCUCUCUGUACAUUGGCUGGGCGGCCGCUGCCCUGAUGCUCCUUGGGGGAGGGAUGCUGUGCUGCUCCUGCCCCAAGAAGGAGAGCACCCCGUACACGGCCCGUUACACGGCCCCCACCUCCCAGCCGCGCAGCGACUACCCCAGCAAGAACUACGUGUGAGGACCACCCGGGGACUCUUCGUGGACUCUGUGACCACAUUGCCUGUCAUGGCUGCCAGUCCAGAGACUGUGGUGGGGGAGGGGAUUGGAAGGGAUUUUUAUAUAUAUAUUUUUUUUUCACUGGAAUUACUCAAUAAAUACGGUUUUUAUAUGGUAA